AUGGAAGGCCAGCGCGAUCGCCUCACGGCCCAACUUUCGGAUCUCAAGAGUCAGCAUGAUCGGCUUAAGUCUGAGCUCGCCGAUCGAGAUGCCGAUCGUGGCCGAUUGUCCCAGAAAAUAAGUGCAUUGGAGGUAGAGCGCGAUCAGGCACUCCAGUCGAAAAAUUCGCUCUUCGCUCGCUUGACAGAGGUGGUCGCCAGUGUUUCUCCAAGUGUUCUGCCUGCACCUGCCGAGUCUUCCCCGAAGAAUUUUCCACGUCAACCUAAGCGAUCGCCUCCUGCUUCCCCGUCCAGGGAAUCCCAAGCCAAGCGUGCCCGAUAUAUCGGAUCCUCGCCACGUCGAUCGGCUUCUCCCGAUCCGUUUGGUUCAAGAUCGUCAUCGUCGGAAUCAUCUGAGGACAGCGAUCCAAAGGACUCUUCUUCCGAUGAGACCGAUGAUUCCUUGUUGGCGGCGUUGUCAUCAUCUCGUUCGACUGCCCGUCGUAGAAACACGUCGUCCCCUAAGAAACCAUCGUCUACUCCGACCCCUCCACCGGUGAAUGUCGAUUCCUCCAGUCCGGAACAUGAACCUCACGAUAAUACAUCGGGAGUGUCUUUGGUGGAUUUAUUCGGAGAGCCUUCCAGCGACUCCGAAAGCGAUCUCAGUCUCUCUGGUGAUCCUCGGAGUCCUCGGAAUUCCUUGUUGACACCUGCAGAUUUCGUGGCGCUUUCCGACACCCGCAUACCCCGCGAUCGUUGGAUUCCGGGGAUCGCGAUCGGGUUUCACGAUCGGCGGUUGAUGUGUUCCCUUGGUCCGCCCGAAGAGUGA